AAAAUUUAAGGUAUAUGAAAUGCAUAUAAUUAAUAAAAUAAUAGAUUUUGUCGAAGACGGCGACUCAAAUGGUGACUCUAGGGUUUUGAAACCCAACCAUGAGCAGGUGUUUUUCGGUUGAUUGGGGCUUUAGAAAUGGUUUAUUUCGGGUGAUUUUUGGCUUGGAGAAAGGAUUCGUGGUGAUUGUCUUUCUACGGGAUUUGGAUUGGCUCUGUUCUAGGCAAGUGAAGAUUUCUUUUCAUUUGGUAUUCAGAGGGUUGGAAUCUCGGAUUAAUCAGUUGAGGAUUUCACAGAUCUAUCGAUUUGGCGAGUUAAAGUGGAUUUGUUUCAAGGAUUCGUCAUAUCUCUUGAUUACGGAUGGUAAUUCGGAAAUCUUUAGGUGGAGUUUUGGAAAACUUAUUUUCAAAAUCUCGAUUGAUGGAUUUUCCUCUGCUAAAAGUGGUUAUGGCGAGACAUUGGUUGGUGCCAGAUUGGACCAGUUGGAAGAAUCUAUGUCUGAUCUCGUUUUGAUUCAGAUGCGAAGGCGGUUAGGAGGCUGUUAUUUGGGGAUCAGUAUGAGGAUAGCUGUGAUCAAGGUUUUGAAUAUUGGAAACUUUAAAUCAAGCAAGAUCAUAGAGAUUGUAUGGUUGGUAGUGGGCUCCAAAAAUGGAACUAUUGAGGAUUCGCGUUUUAUGGUGUAUGAUCUGUGGAGAUUCAAAAAUAAUUCUUUCGUGUUUCUCAAUUUGGUUCAUAUGGCUCAACUAGCGUUGAACAAAGGCAAGGCUGCGAUGGUACGCACAGAAGUGGUGAAGAUUUUGGGUUCUAUUUUGUCUCAAAGGAUCCAACAAUUUUCUCUUACUCUUAUUGGGAGGUUAAUGAAUCCGAGUGUCCAAAGGAUGGAUUCUCUGGUGGCGAAUAUGCCAAAAAUCUGGAAACUUGAAGAUAAGGUGACUGGGGCUGACUUAGGGAAAGGUAUAUUUCAGUUUAAUUUUCAAGCUGAAGAGGACUUGAAUGGUGUCUUGCAGAAUGUUCCAUAUCACUUUAAUGGAUGGAUGGUUGCUUUGGUUAGGUGGGAACCUAUAAUCUCAGCUACGUAUCCGUCGGCCAUAAACUUUUGGGUAAAAGUUUCUGGCCUCCCAAUGCACCUGUGGGAGGAAGCAACACUAAAGGCUAUCGGGAAAAAAAUAGGAAUAAUCCGAGAUCUUGACGUGGAUUCAGGAAGCAUCUACGUCACAGUAAAUGGCUUCAAUCCUCUUGUGUUUCAAAUGGUGGUACCCUUUGAUACAGGUGAUGAGGUGGUGGUCUCUCUGGAUUAUGAGAAAUUGGUAAAUUUCUGUCAACAUUGUUCUCGCUUAACGCAUGAUAUGGUAGUAUGUCCAGAAUUGCAGAAGAAAGCAGGGAAUAGGUUAUAUGAGGAAUAUGGUGAUCGCAGAGGUGGUCAAAGACAGCAUAAUAAUGCUAAACUAGUGUCUCAAGGACAAGAUGGUGGCUGGGAAAAACCAAGGAAACCAGCUGCGAAAAGGGCUCUGGAAUUUUCUGGUGAGGAAAUGAAUGGAGGAUUCCGCUAUCAUUCGGAGAUGGGUGAUAGUAAUAAACAAAGCCAUCAGAAAAUUGAGAAGAAUCAAGGCCCCAUUUGGGGACAGAAAAAGAGUUUUCCGGGAACUUGGGCUGAAAGUAGUGAAACCUUAGAGAAGGUUGUAGCUAGGGAUAGCUUUAAAGAAGCUCAUUCUCAAUCACAGGGAACAAGUUAUGGAAGGAAAGGAGCAGGUCCUGCUUGGCCAAAACCCUUGUACCAGCCCAAAACAGUCUCUAAGGAAACGCAGGAGACUAAAAACUCGGAGCAAGGGGAUGAUCUUGGCGAUUUGGCAAUGGAGGAUGUUCCAGAGAUGGAAGAUAAGGAUAUCAAUGCAGGCAUACAGAUUUCGGAAAGUGCUGAUGACUUACUAGAGGAUGGAGAGUGUCAAGUAGAUGAGGAAACUGACAAUCAAGAGACAAUGGAGGAAAUAACUGAUGCUGACGGACAGAUUAUCCCAGAGGGGGAAAAAAUUGGUCCUCAAGAUGAUGUGAGCAAACAAAGAGCUGCGGGUAAGAACAAACCCAAGGAGGGAGCAAAAUCUGGAGGUAUAAAUCGAAUGUCUAAGAAAGGGAUGGUGGCUCUUCCGAAACCACCGGCUCAUACGUGAAGAUAUUGAGCUGGAACUGUCAGGGAGUAGGGGCUGAUCUGACAGAGAAUUACUUAAGGGAUUUAUGGAGACAGCACAAGCCGGACAUUUUAUUUUUAUCAGAAACUAAAAAAUGUUUUUCUUAUUUACAGAAAUUUCAGUCUCAGUUUGGUUUUAAUAAUUUGUAUUCAGUCGACCCUAGCGGUGCUAGUGGAGGCUUAGCUUUAUUUUACAAUAAUGAAAUAAAGUUAGAGAUUCUUUAUGAAAGCAAUCGGAUUAUUGAUGUUAAAGCAUUUUUCGGGAAACAAAUAGUAUUUAUGUCGUUUGUUUAUGGU